GGCGGCGGAAGUGACGCAGCGUGCUUUAGCUACCGCGAAACUUUUCUGUUUCCUAAGUCGGAACCGACGUCUUCAACCUCUUAACUAUAACGCAUUUGAUCGAGAACAAUCACACAGUUUGUGUCGUGCUAUUUAACCGUUCCAUUUUUGUUGGAUUUUUCGACGUAUUUUCGACACAUGCUUUUGUGACGGCUUUAGCACAAGUUCAGCUGCAUGGUCUGGAGCUAAUGGUGUUGACUUCGCUGCUGCCUUGCUUGAGUCGAGUAAACUUUGGAUCUACUCGGAAUUAGUGCGGCUCCUUGGUAAAAAUGGCGGGUCUGAUGAACCAUAAUUUGGAAGACGGAGAGAUUUCCGGCUCCAGUUCAGACACUGAGAUGAGAACCGCAGCCGAGCGGUUCCCGGACUUCAGCGGGCAGUCCUGCAGAGACAGAGCCGCUCCCCUGCAACCACCCGCCUCCUACCGAAGCACCGGGAAGACGGGGGAAUCCAGUGACACCGACCAGGAAUCCUCGGACGAAGAGUCGGCGAUCUGGCAGCGGAAGCGCCAGAGAGUGGCCGCUGCUCCGCCGCCCACCGCAUGCCCGCCCCGCCGGGGGGCUCCGCCCGCCGCCGGCGCACCGGCGGCCCGCAAGGUGAACAACAUCUGGGGCUCCGUGGUCCAAGAGCAAUGCCAGGAUGCUGUAACUACAGAGCUGGGGAUAUUUGGCAUGGAGGGGGUUGGCAUGUCCAGCCGAAGUGUGGAGACAUAUAACUUUGUUUUAGCCCGCAAGAUAAUGGACAAGGAAAGGGAAAUGGAGGAGCGGUUGAAGUUGGAAGGGGAAGUGAACAUGUUGGAUGCUGAGCUGGAGGAGUACAUGAAGACCCAGGGAUCAGAUGAGAGAGUUGGGGAAGAUGAAAAGAAAAAAAGGCCUGUCAAAGAUAGACUGGGCUCAAGAGCUGAGAUGGACAUCAAGGGCCGGUAUGAGAUCACAGAGGAUGAUCCAGAUGAUAAGAUUGUGUGUGAGAUAGCGUUUAGACUCCAAGAACCUAAAAAAGAGCUGAUAGAGCGUGUUGUUAAAGUUGUUGGAAAGAAAAAAGCCAUAGAACUGCUGGGAGAGACUGCCACACUGGAGGAAAACGGGGGGGUGUACACCAUGGAUGGCACCAGGAGGCGGACGCCAGGUGGAGUGUAUCUCAACCUGCUCAAGAACACUCCAAGUAUCACCAGGAAACAGAUCAGGCAAAUAUUCUUCGAAGAACAACAGAGAGAUCAAAAAAGCAAGAAGGCUGCCCAGAAAAGGAGGCGACAAGUAUUGGCUAAGAAGAUGAAACAGGCCAUUGGUACACUAAACCUGCAAGAGCAUGAUGAUGUUUCCAGAGAAACUUUUGCCAGUGAUACCAACGAGGCCUUGGAGUCAUUGGAGGAGGCUGCAGAAGAAGAAGAAGAAGAAGAGGAGGAGGAGGAUGGCCAGGGGGAAGCUGCCGUGGGCACUGAGGAAGCAUCAGUGGUCUACAACUCAGUGGACUUGGAGGUUUUCUGAAGGUGGUCUGUAGCCUGAAUCAUGAGGAGGAAUAAGAUGAAAAUGACAUGAGAGCACUGUACAAGGACUCAAUUAAGUGUCUGUCUUUAUUAAACUUUAUUAAAAAGGAGUCCUAAUGUUAAAACUUUGCUUUUGUAAUCAGUUUGGAUUUGUUUGUGAUUCAAGUUGGGUUUUUUGGUUUACUUUGUUUUUUGUGCUCUUUGAAUCAACUUCUGAAGUAAAAAGUCUGAAUUUCUUCUCUAUGUCAUUAAUGGGGCUGUCUGGAUGAAUAAAUAUGACUGAUAAAGUUAUUAAAAAAACAUAAGGUGGUGA